CAAACUAGAAUGCAACAACUUUGUAAUUCAUCCUAGCUUAUACAUAACUUAGGGAUCCUUUCUUCCAAAACUCAAGUACAUAGAAAUUAAGAGUCUUGCCAAGGCUAACACCUAAAACCACUAUAUAAACCUCUCUCAUUCUCAAAAUCUACUCACUUCCACCAAAGGAUACCUGAAGCACAACACAAAACCCAUCUCUUGAUCUUCUUCUCUCUUCCUCUUCCUCUUCCCCUUCCCCUUCCCCUUUAAAAUGGAUAAGCUACCCAAAUGUGCUGCCAACUUUGUACCACUUAGUCCCGUCACCUUCCUCCCUAGAGCAGCUUACAUGUAUGGAAACCACCCCUCUAUCAUCUAUGGUGGAACCAAGUUCAUAUGGAGAGAGACAUACCAGCGUUGUCUUUGCCUUGCCUCCUCUCUCCAGUCCCUUAACAUCUCCAAGAAUGAUGUGGUCUCAGUCCUGGCCCCAAACAUUCCAGCCCUUUAUGAGAUGCAUUUUGCUGUCCCCAUGGCUGGAGCUGUCCUAAACACCAUUAACACAAGGCUUGAUGCAAACACCAUUGCCACCAUUCUCAAGCAUUCCGGUGCUAAGGUCUUCUUCGUUGAUUAUCAAUAUGUGUCAUUGGCAAGCGACGCCCUUGGGUUACUUGUUUCCAACUCUAUGCCAUUAGUAGUUGUCAUCGACGACAUCGAUUCCCCGACCGGAAUUCGCCUAGGAGAGCUUGAGUAUGAGCAACUAAUCCACAGCGGCGAUUCCCGGUAUACACCGCAGCUGCUUGAUGAUGAAUGGGAUCCCAUUGCCCUGAAUUACACUUCCGGCACCACUUCGGCACCUAAGGGAGUUGUGUAUAGCCACAGAGGCACCUAUCUAAGCACCAUGAGCCUCCUACUACAAUGGAAAGUAGGAGUGGGGAGUGAAGUAGUGUACCUCUGGUCACUUCCCAUGUUCCACUGCAAUGGAUGGACAUUCACGUGGGGUGUGGCCGCUCGCGGUGGCACCAAUGUUUGCAUUCGCAACACAUGUGCUCCUAACAUGUAUAAGGCGAUUGCUGAACACAAGGUGACGCACAUGUGUUGUGCGCCAAUUGUGUUCAACAUCCUUCUGGAGGCAACCCCGGCAGGGAAGCAAUUCUCUGCUGGGCUUGCCUCUCCGGUGGAGAUACUAACCGGUGGUGCACCACCACCAGCAGUACUACUCGAGAAGGUCGAAAAACUAGGGUUUCAUGUGACCCACGCUUACGGGCUGACAGAGGCGACCGGACCAGCGUUGGUGUGUGAGUGGCAAGCUAAGUGGGACCAGCUGCCAUGUCAAGAACAGGCGAAGCUGAAAGCCCGGCAAGGCAUUAGUGUUUUGAGUUUGGCUGAUGUGGAUGUGAAGAAUUUGGAAACCAUGGCUAGUGUUCCAAGAGAUGGGAAAUCUUUGGGAGAGAUUGUGCUGCGUGGAAGUAGCAUCAUGAAGGGUUACUUCAAGGAUCCAGAGGCCACUGCUAAGGCCUUCAAGGAUGGAUGGUUCCUCACAGGUGAUGUUGGGGUGAUCCACCCGGAUGGGUAUUUAGAAAUCAAGGACAGAUCAAAGGAUGUGAUUAUCUCUGGUGGGGAAAACAUCAGCAGCGUUGAAGUGGAAUCUCUUCUAUAUAAGCACCCAAGAGUGUUGGAAGCUGCAGUUGUUGCUAUGCCACACCCUCACUGGGGCGAAACCCCUUGUGCUUUCAUAACACUCAAGAGAGGAGAAGGAGAAGGAGAAGGAGAAGGAGAAGAAGCAGAAGAAGAAGAAAUUAUCUCAUAUUGUUUAAAGAAUCUCCCACGUUUCAUGGCUCCCAAAAGGGUUGUGAUAAUGGAUGUGCUCCCAAAGACUGCUACAGGGAAGAUUCAGAAGUUUCAGUUAAGAGCUUUAGCUAACACCUUUACUGCUACAGUGAGCACAACAAGGGACCCUCAAAUCAGGAAUCAGAGGUCACAGAAUAAACUUCAGAAGCCAUUACUGGAGGAAUUUGUACUAGCCAUGUCUCGCCUUUGAAGGUUUAAUUAGUAUUUAUUUUAAGGAUAACUAAGCUUGUAUUUGGAAGCAUAAUUAGAUAAACAUGCACAGGAUAUGAUACAGAUAUGUGGCCUUAGGAUAACUAAUUAAGCUUGCCCUUCCUUCUUGAGAAAUAAUAUGAAUUAAUUAACAAGGCUGUAAUCAAAAUUUUAGUUUUUUC